UGGUAGUGAGUAGUGAAACUAUGGGGAAGCCUUAUUGAUUUGAGGGGCCACCAGAAUUCCUGUGGCCUCAACUUAAUCCGCCAUGUUUUCUCGCCAUUUUUCCAACCAGCUAGCUACCUCAGCGGCCACCGUUGUUGGGGCCCCAACGCCAGCUGCCGUUAACCCUGAGCUCUCUCGAGACACAAUCACCUGCUGAGACCGGGGCCAGGGUGAAGAGAGGAGGUCGCCAUGGCGGACGAGCAGAAGAUAGUGAAAGUCUACUUCCUGAAUGAUGACCAACAAUGGGAAACUCUAGGCAAGGGACAUGUCUCUGCUGUGGAACGCCAUCAGGGCAUCUGUCUGCUAGUUCGAUCUGAACCUGACGGCAUACAGAUCUUAGAGUCAAAGAUAGAUCCAGACACGCCCUAUCAGAGACGACAAGGGACAUUAAUUGUUUGGUCUGAAUCUGAGAACCACGGUAUGGCAAUGAGUUUCCCGGACGCAGCAAGUUGUCACGAGAUAUGGAAAGCCAUCUGCCAGGUUCAAGGUAAAGACCCAUCUACUGAUAUCACACAAGACCCCUUAGUUGAAUCCGAAGACGAGACAUUGGAUGACAUGACAGAUGACGUGCUUGAACUGCCUAACUGUGAACUCGGUAAGCUUGACCAGAUUGCUCACUUAGUUGCCUCAGUUCUCACCUCACCUCCGCAUAAGGAAAGGUUGGCUCUGUUAAUGGGAAAUGAGGACUUUAUUCAAAAAUUACUGCAGUUGUUCCACAUGUGUGAGGACCUAGAGGAUACUGAAGGCUUACAGAAUCUGCAUGACAUUGUUAAAGGGAUGUUAUUUCUCAACCAGGCAUCUCUGCUUGAGAUCCUCUUUUCUGAUAAGUAUAUCAUGGAUGUGGUAGGAUGCCUUGAAUAUGACCCUGCCUUGGCUCAGCCAAAAAGGCAUAGAGAAUUCUUAACCCAAAAAGUGAAAUUCAAGGAAGUUAUACCAAUAAUAGACCAGGCACUUCUGCAAAAAAUACAUCAGACAUACAGGGUACAGUACAUUCAGGACAUCCUUUUUCCUAUCCCAUCUAUAUUUGAAGAGAAUUUUCUUUCUACUCUUACAGAUUUUAUUUUAUUAAACAAGAGUGAUAUAGUCAAUAUGCUGCAGGAAAAUGAUGAGUUUUUGUCUACCGUUUUUGCACAGUUAAGGGAUACGACCACAGAUGAUGAUACACGGCGUGAGCUGUUAUUUUUUUUCAAGGAAUUCUGUGCAUUUUCUCAGACAUUACACUCUGCAAACAGGAAUGCACUAUUCAAAACACUGACACAACUGGGAAUUCUUCCUGCUCUUAAAAUUUCAAUGGGUAUAAAUGACUUGCAAAUAAAGUCAGCUGCUACUGAUAUAUUUACUUAUCUAGUAGAGUAUAGUCCAUCCAGGAUUCGAGAAUUUAUAAUAGAAGACCGGGAAAGUGAAGGCAUCCUUUUCAUUAAUUUAGUAAUUGAACAAAUAUUCUGUGAUCCUGACCCUGAGCUAGGAAGUGCUGGUCAUUUAAUGGGAGUUCUUCGUGCCCUGCUUGAUCCAAACAACAUGGUGACAGCAUCUAGUCACUGUGAAAGAAGUGAAUUUCUACGUUUCUUUUGUAAACAUUCUAUGAAUAACUUCAUUGCACCACUUUUGUCAACUACUAAAGCAUAUAUACGUGACAAGGAUAAUAUAGUUGGAUCUGACGAAAACAACAAAAACUGUCUCAAUAAUUACCGCACAGCACAGCUGCUUGCCUUAAUUUUAGAUCUGCUUUCAUUUUGUGUGCAACAUCAUACAUAUUACAUGAAAAAAUGUAUUUUGAACAAAGACUUGCUAAGAAAAGUCGUGAUCGUGAUAAAUUCCAAGCACACUUUUCUAAUCUUGUGUGCUAUUCGUUUUAUGAGAAGGAUAGUUGGCCUUAGAGAUGAACUUUUAAAUUGUUACAUCAUCAAGGGAAAUUUUUUUGAGCCAGUUGUAAAUGCUCUUCUAGAGAAUGGAACUCGGUACAACAUGUUGAAUUCAGCUAUUGUUGAGCUGUUUGACUACAUAAGAAUGGAAAAUAUCAAAUCUCUUGUUGCCCAUAUAGUUGAAAAGUUUUAUGCAAAGCUUAAGUCAAUUGAAUAUGUUCAGACAUUCAAAGGAUUGAAGGUGAAAUAUGAGCAAGAGAAAGAGCUGACAAAUCAAUUAACGAAGAAUUUAUGUUCUGUACUGUAUAGUAAAGUAUUUUGCAGAGGUUCCAGUGUCUUGGAGGAGGAGGAGGAAAGGAGUAUUGAUGAAAAUGUAAAGAAAGAAGCAGUUAAGUCACCACCGGAAAGCGAUUUUGAGAUUGAGGAGGAAAGGAGUAUUGAUGAAAAUAUAAAGAAAGAAGCAGUUAAGUCACCACCGGAAAGUGAUUUUGAGAUUGAAAAAACAAAAGAAAAUGAAGACAAGGUAGAUCUUCCCUCCAAAACAUCUUUUGGCGACUUUAAAUGUACUUCAUCUCAUUCUGCUGAUGCUGCUGAUGAAACAAGUAACCCAAACCCCACAAGAGUGAUUUGCUUAGUGGAUUAUUCAGAUGAUGAAGAAGAAGAGGAAGAUGAAACACCUCCCAGCAAAAGACCACAUCUUAGCCCAUAAAGUCUUUAUGGAAAACCCAUGACAUUACUAAAUUCUGGUAAAAUUGUGUAACAUUAGCUGAAGAGUCUGAAUCCAAAGCUUCCAUAUUUAAACACAUGUAUUUAAUAAAUAGCAAAGAUGUUCAUUGUUAUUAUCAUCUAACAGAUUUUAGUUUUGUAAAAAAAAAGGAUUUCAGGGUUGAUAAUCUAAUAUUAAUGUAGUUCUGUUUCAAAAGUGUAUACCAGACAUAGCUAAUAACAGUGCAGUUGCAAAGUUUGUAACAUCAUUUGCCCAAUAGUUCUGGCUAUGGUUUUCUUUUUUCAGUUCCUUCCUUGAAAUAAAAGUGUAUGUUUAUGUGGAAAAUAGAGUCAACUGUAAUAAAAAGUAAAGCUAUUCACUUUUCUGUGAAGAUUUGACAAAAAUUUAGUCUUAUGAGUAACUGGAAGGAAGUGACUUUUGGUGUGUAUUUUCAUGAAAAUAAAGGAAGAUGGAUUCAAAAUG